AUGAAGGUCAUCAAUGCCAGAUUCAUUGAAAGAACGAACCAGUCUGCAAUUACGGAGUUCAUUCUUGUCGGCCUAACCAAUUCCCCUGAAUUACAAAUGCUUCUCUUUUGGGUAUUCACAUUCCUUUAUUCGAUGGCCAUAGCUGGUAAUUUCCUUCUCAUAGCUACCAUAGCCAGUUGCAAGAAACUCCACACUCCCAUGUACUUCCUGCUCACUAAUUUGUCCUUAUUGAACAUGUUCUCUAUCUCUGUUACUUCUCCCAAAUUGCUCCAGACGCUUUCAACACACACAAAAACAAUCUCCUUUUAUGGCUGUGUUGCGCAAUCCUAUUUCUUUAUUUUUGCUUUGGGCUCAGAACUUCUGCUUCUCUCCAUUAUGGCUUUUGAUCGCUAUGCUGCUAUCUGCCACCCCUUACGGUACUCAAACAUCAUGAGGAAGGAAGUGUGUAUAGGGAUGGCAGCUGGAGUUUGGGUAAUUGGGAUGGUCUACUCAGCACUUCACACUGGGUUUAUGCUGCAACUCUCCUUUUGCAAUUCCAAUGUCAUCAACCAUUUCUUCUGUGAUCUGCUCCCAAUGUUAAAGCUUUCCUGUUCAGACACCAGCCGCAAUGAAGCUCUAAUUUUUGUGGCUGAUGUGUUCUUUGGGAUGGGUAGCUGUGGGUUAACUCUAACAUCGUAUUUUUUUAUCCUGAGAGCAAUCUUCAGAAUACGUUCCACUGAAGGGAAGAAGAAAGCCUUCUCUACCUGUUCGUCUCAUCUCUUUGUUGUUACUUUUUACUUUUCUGCUGUCAUCUACACAUAUAUCAGGCCUACUUCAGUCUCCUCUAUAGACAACGACAAGCUAGUUUCUCUCCUUUAUUCAGUGGUAACUCCGGUUGUGAACCCAAUCAUAUAUUCCUUAAGAAACAAGGAAGUUAAAGAGGCACUCAAAACCCUUACCAGAAAAGGAAAGCUGCUUCCAAGAUCCCAAAACUAA